GAAGAUCAUCCUCCAGUCCUCAUCUCAUCUCCACCACUCAAAACAGAGCCCUCCUUUUCUUUCUUUCCCCCGAUGCUAUGGCUGCCAAGAGAUGCGAUAGCGCCUGAAUCCACCAUUAUAGUGCGCCGAGCCGGCGGACAACGGGAGAUUGCUUGAUUUAGCGGUGGCGGUCCCAUACAAUUUCUCCCCAGCUUGCUUGGUGAGAAAUUGGAGGAAAUCCCGUCAAGAUGAAACCUUGAGGCCGGCCCUCCAUUUUCUUGCCACCCGAGCAGUGUCACCGAACCCCAGCAAGCAGACCUCAAGCUCCAUGGAAGUGGAAAUCAAGCUCAAACUCCCCGACUCCACCGCGCACCAGAAGCUAUCAGAACUCCUCUCCCCUUUCCACCUCAAAACCUUAACGCAAGAGAACGUCUUCUUCGACAGCCCCGCUGCCGAGCUCGUGAAAAAUUUCGCCGCCCUCCGGCUCCGCUUCUAUGACCUAGACUCCCGCUGUGUCAUCUCGCUCAAAGCCAAGCCCGUAAUAUCGGGCGGGAUCAGUCGGGUCGAGGAGGAAGAAGAACCUCUCGACCCCGUCCUCGCCCGCACGUUGGUUGCCGAACCCAGCAGGAUUUUGUCGGUCAAUCCGUCGAACGUAGUUAGGAGAGUGAGGGAGGAAUACGGGGUGAAGGAAUUGGUGUGUUUGGGCGGGUUUAGGAAUGUGAGGAGUGUUUAUGAAUGGAGGGGGCUUACGUUGGAGCUCGACGAGACAAUGUACGACUUCGGGACAAGUUAUGAGAUCGAGUGCGAGACGGUGGAGCCGGAGAGGGACCAGAAGCUGAUCGAGGGAUUGUUGUCGGAGAAUGGUGUGCGGUAUACCUAUUCAAGUAUGAACAAGUUUGCGGUUUUUCGAACGGGGAAGUUGCCCGAGUAAUUGAUUUAUGAAUUAAGUAGACAAUAGUAAUUUGCUUUCAGAGUCAAAUUAUUUCAUAUUGGGCUUUUUUCGCUGUGCCCCGUGAGACCAAAGGAAGUAACUAACCAAUUAGGGGGGAGUUAAUGAACUAUUUUUCAUUUUACUUAACUGAUGAUCUGUUCCUGAACUUCCUGGUAAGACUUAUUGCCAAUGGAGCUUAUUUUGUGCUUGAA